AUGAUGGGGAACCGCUAUUCAAGGCCAAGUCCACCCCUCGUUCUUGAAACUUGUGUAACCCUCUUGUCAUUCGCUACCCUUCCCCUCGCAGUCUAUUACGCCUCGGAAAUCUACCGCGCACCAGCAAAUCCCCAUCCGUCAGUGACAUGGUGGAAAACGGGCGGAGGAACGCUUUAUGGCGGUCCACCUGCCAUAACUCUCCUCCUUUCUAUCACAACCGCGUCCCAAUAUCAGAAAAGAGAGAUACCAUACGUCUACGCAAUCGUAUUCUCUACUGUUAUGCUCGCGGGGUGGCUUGUAACAUUCAUAUUUUGGUUUCAAUGCCAUUUGGAUAAGUGGGAUAUCACCGACCAGUUUUGCUAUCAACGGUUACUCCAGUCUGGAACAGCAGAGCAGACGUACAGAAAUGUUUCGCAAGCGGUUGGAAUUGCAACGAUUGCGUGUGGCGCGCUUAAUGCCUUGCUCUAUGUUAUAUACGUAAUUGUCGUGGCGAUUGAUUUUUUUCAGGAUUCUGCAAGUUCUUAUUUAGUAGGGUCUUCGUCGAAAUAUUUUGGAGGGAUAGGAUCCACUGCUGGAGGAGGCAAUGGUGGACAGAGGAGAGCUGGAGGUAAUUGGGGAGCAGCUGAUCUGGGGACAGAUGAGGGGGGAGGUGGUGGAGACGCAAGCGGUGGGGGAGGGGGAGAUGGUGGAGACGGCGGAUAA